AUGCCGACGCUGGUUCAGCUUAUGCCAGAUGCAAAUGGCAGCCAGAUUCUUGAGAAUGGUUUGACAUUGGCGAAGCUCCGGCGAAUUCACGAAACCCAUUCUCCAUCCAAGUACGGGCCUUGGGGCGAUCGGGAUUCGCGGCGGAAGGUCCCCUCGUUGCCAGACUGGGAAUCCAGCCGCGGAAUCAGCCCUCGUGUCCGGGAUGCCGCUGCCGUCGUUGUUCGGGCGGCUUUUGAACGUCUGGGGCAUCUAGAGAAGCAGAUGCAGCCUGUUAUAAGUCGCGACAAAGCUCCAGCACUUAGCACUCACGAUGAUCAGCAGACGCCUACGGCCAGAAAGCGAAAACACAAUUCGACGAGCGAUGUCUCAUUAAAGGCAGAGGAAGUUGGCAAAGAUCGUUUUCGGAGAGCUCGUCUGGGGACAGAUCGUCUUGAGAAAGCUGAUGUUGAGGAGCUCGUCGUGAGAAAGCUGGCCACGAGCAAGGCCGUCUUGAGAGAUCUCGCCGGAAGGAAGCUCGCCGUGAGAAAGAUCGCCGCUCAUACAUCAGAAUUGUUCCUCUGUAGUGUUUCGAUCGCUAUAGGCUCUCCUACUUGCUGCGCUUGCUCAUGCUUGCGGCUCUGA